AUGGCCGGUCAAGUAUCCAACUGUGUGGUUCCUAGAAAUUUUCGUCUUCUUGAAGAGUUAGAAGACGGUCAAAAAGGUGGUGGUGAUGGUACUAUAAGCUGGGGACUAGUAGAUGAUGAUGAUAUGACACUGACUUAUUGGAAUGGGAUGAUAUUAGGGCCACCCCGAUCACCUUAUGAGGGGAGAAUGUAUAGUCUUAGGGUGGAAUGUGGACCCAAGUAUCCUGAUGAGCCCCCUGUUGUUCGCUUCCUAAGUCGUAUCAAUCUUCCUGGAGUAACUGGCACAGGAGAAGUUGAUAGGAGAACUGUACCUAUACUGUGUAAAUGGCAAAGAUCACAUACCAUUAGAAUUGUGCUUCAAGAGUUGAAGAGAUUGAUGUCAGCUAAGGAGAAUUCCAAACUCCAACAACCUCCUGAAGGGAGUACUUAUUAA